UAAAAACAAGAGAAUUCAGCAUAGGACUGGGUGAACAAACACGACCAUGAAUGGGUGUCCAUUUCAAAGGAGUAAAUCACAGCAUGCAUUUCCUUCAGACCUACAGGAAAACAGUGACACAUCACAAGAUGGAACAAAUAAAGCCAGUAAAGGAGGAAUAAUGUACAGGGACUAUCUGCAGUUGGAUAAAAUAAUAAAUGCUCAAGAGCUACAAAGUGAGAAGAAUGGAAACAAAAUACACGAUGAACAUCUAUUUAUUAUAACUCACCAAGCUUAUGAACUGUGGUUCAAGCAGAUUCUUUGGGAAUUGGAUUCAGUUCGUGCAAUAUUUGAGAAUGGUCAUGUGAGAGACGAGAGGAAUAUGCUGAAAGUGAUCUCAAGAAUCCAUCGAAUUGCAAUAAUCUUUAAGCUUCUGGUGGACCAGUUUGCAGUUCUGGAGACAAUGACAACACCGGACUUCUUUGAUUUCAGGAACUACUUAGUACCGGCAUCUGGAUUUCAGAGCCUGCAGUUUCGUCUUCUGGAGAAUAAGAUUGGUGUUCCAGAGAGCCUGCGAGUUCCUUACAACAGAAAACACUAUAAGGACAAUUUCAAAGGGAAGGACAACGAAUUACUACUUCAAUCUGAGCUGGAACCAACACUAUUACUAUUAGUAGAGCAAUGGCUGGAGAGAACCCCUGGGCUGGAACCAGAUGGAUUUGAUUUUUGGGGCAAACUUAAAAUCAACAUUGAAAGCGGACUGAAGGAAGAAUUUGCAAGUAUCCAGUCAAAGCCAGCAUUUGAAGGGAAGGAAGAUAUGUUGUGGGAGCAUAACAAACACAAAGAAGUACUCACAUCACUGUUCGAUGAAAGACGCCAUGAGCAUCUGCUGAGUAAAGGGGAACGGAGAAUAUCAUAUAAGGCAUUGCAGGGGGCCCUCAUGAUUUACUUUUACAGAGAAGAACCACGUUUCCAAGUGCCAUUCCAGUUGUUGAAUUCACUCAUGGAUAUUGAUGCCCUUAUGACUAAAUGGAGAUACAACCAUGUUUGUCUGGUGCAAAGGAUGAUCGGGAGUAAAGCUGGCACUGGUGGUUCAUCCGGCUAUCAUUAUUUACGUUCUACGAUGAGUGAUCGAUAUAAAGUGUUUGUUGACCUGUUCAACCUUGCAACUUUCUUGGUCCCAAGACAAUGGAUUCCAAAGCUGACCUCUUCAAUUCACAAAUUUUUACAUACUGCAGAGUGUUGUGAUAGCUCAUACUUCAGUGAUGCUGCCAGACCUGCUGAGCUUUUCCAGCAACUUCUGUUUUUGUUCCCGGUUAGACAAGCAUCAGUUUACUGUUCAGAAGUGAAUAAGAGUAGAUUGUGGGAGCUAGGCUAACAGAGCUUGCUAAAUCAAACAAAACACGUCAAAAAUAUCCCAUUUUGAGGAAUGCCAAAUUCGAGUUAUUCCGCAGCGUAAUAAACCACGAAUCCUAGAAGUAGCGAAAUCCAAAACAUCGUAAGCAAAUCUGUUGAAGCGUUGACGAUGUGUCUCCUUGUAAUCUGAUCCACUAUUCAAAGUAAAAAUGAUCCUUUAUUUCAAUGUGCUGCACACCAUGUCUUAUUAACUAAAAGCGAGAUUCCAAGUUUCGAGAUAAUGGGAACUGCCGAUGCUGGAGAAU